CACAAAGCGUCGCUAUGAAAUCACGUAGCGAAACAUUGCGUGCGCACAGUCGCUGCUGUCGGUGUUUGGUCACCGGAAAACCGUGUUUGGUGUUUGUUUGUAACCGGGCCGGCCUGGAGGCUACCGUUGGUGCUAACGGUUGCUAGCAGCAGCAGCAGCAGCACGCCAGACUGUUUUAGCCUCAUGUAAGACCGGUAAACGAAUGGUCACAGAGAGAUAAAUAUAUUUCCCUUUAUAUAAGCUCUGUUGUCUCCUGUAGGAAUAUUUGGGCUUCUGUAUGCUGCUUUGAAUCAGACCAACAAGGAAAUAGUGCUGCUAACUUGACGCUGCCUUGCUACGUAUGUGCUUGAACCAUUCUUCUACUCACUUCUGGUCACGUGGUCAAGUUAUGACUGACACUUUUAGCUAACCACUGUAAAUCACAUUUCUUAAAUGAGGGGACGUCCUCAUUAUCAUUAAAUGAAUGCCAGUUAUUUCUUUUACUCCUACUUUAUAUUACUAUUACUGAAGUCUGCAGCUAAAUGCAGCUUCAUGCGUCACUCAGAACAGUUUUUAAUAAAUCAGAAGUUAAAAAAAAAAAACCAUGUAAACUGCAUUGUCCACGCAGACAAGCGGCAGAUUCGCUGGGAAACAUCACAUUUAUUCACUUUACCUUAAGCUAGCUCAGACCAUGUUAAAGUUAACAAUAGUUUAGUAGAGCAAGGCGAGCUAAGUGCUAGCGUGCUCGGUUGAAAAGAAAAAAAACAAACAAUGCUUUGAGAUGUCUGCCAGAGAUGGCAGAGGUAUGAUCACAUAAUCCUGUUUGAGCUAUAACAGGUGUGUUCCACAUUUAAUUUCCCAAUUGCUCUUGGAAAGAAGAAUACUGUGAACAAACUGUUACCAUCGGAAAUCGCCAGUUUUGGUUCAACGUCGAAAGUGUCACCCAUAAUUCACGCAAGGUAUCAUGGGGGCAAGGAAUAUCAUGGAUCAGUAAACAUUUUCUGUUUUGUUGUUUUUUUUUCUUGUGUGUGUUCAUUUGGUUCAUUCUGUGUCCCCUCUCCAAAUUUGGAGGUUUUACGGGUCUCAAGGCAAUGCAGGUGUAAUUAUUAAUUAGUUAAUUUUUAGUUCAUUUAUGGAGUUUGAGACUUGGGGUGGACAGUUGUUCAGUCAGUCCAUUCACAGCUGAUUAGGGCUGCAACAAUUAGUCGACUAAUCCAUGACUAAUCGACAAUUAAAAUCAUCGGUGACUAUUUUAUUAGUCGACUAUUCAGUUUGAGUCAUUUUUCAUAUAAAAGUACCCCAAAAUACUCUUAUUGCAGCUUCUUACGUUCAGAUAUUGGCAGCUUUACUCACUCUCCCAUGACGGUGAACUAAAACCCUUUUGGCGUGAGUACGAAACAAGACAUUAGAUGACAUAAUUUAGGGUUUGGGAAAGACAGACCGACAUUUUUCAACAUUUUAACACAUUUUUUCGAUAAAAUGAUUAGUCGACUAAUUGAAGAAAUAAUCGACAGAUUAGUUGACAAUGGAAAUCAUUAGUUGUAGCCCUACAGCUGAUCAGAUCAAUGGAUGAGAGGAGCAGCUGCUGCAGAAGCGACUGAAGGCAAACUUUUAGACCCAGCGCAAUGAACGGUUAAGUUUUGCUUUCACUGCACUUGACGUCCUGCUUCUCUGUCCUAACCUAGCUUUCUCUGCGCUCCAAGAAUAUGGUGCAAUGAAUAACCAAAUGGUAUGUUCCAGUUGCAUUGCUAAUGAACCGUCCAGUUCCAAAAAUAGAAAAUGAAUCUGUGGUGGCAGAUGUUGUUGUCAGUGUGGGCCACUACAAAUAAAUGAAUGUGUUGUAAAUUGCAGCUGUGUGAUGUUACCUUUUACAAUGUGCUUUGUCUGUUGGUGGUGCCAAUCUGAAUUGUUUCCACCAGAGAUGAGCAUGGAAAGGAAAUAAAUGGGUUUGUCCCUGUUCUGUAUGUUUCCUCAUAACAGUAGUGACCUUGUUUUCUCUUUUUAUCUUUGCUUUGUUACCUUUACCACUUCUGUUAUUUCUUGCUAGUGAAGACCUGGAAGACGAAAUGACUGUGUGCCCACCAGCACCAAAGUGGCCAACUCAAGACAAGACCUUCCAGAUGAUGGAUUUUACCCCUCUAAGAAGCUGAAGCCCACUCCCAUUCAAUAACCCCCUCUCUUUGUUUUUUUAAUUUUCCAGCUUUGCAUUGCUAUCGGAGCGUUGUGCCUCUUCUCCUACUCCAGGGCCCCUAACGAGUCCCCUACAUGGAGGGCUCUCAGGGGGCUUGCUCCUGAUUGGUCUGCAGGCUCCCACCUUGCAGCCAGCCCAACUGGAAGCCCGGCCGGUACUGACGCACAUAAACAACACUCGCUGUUGGCAACCAGGCCAACUUCACAGCCAACGCCAACACACCUGCUCCCAACAUACCCACAACAGUCCCCAUCCCAAUUGCUUAAGCGAUCAAUCUCUUUAACUUUCAGAAGAUUGCAAACACCAUGUCCCAUCCCCUGUAUAACCCCUAUGCCUCUGGGAAUCAAAGUUCCACCCAGGGACAGUAUGGACUCUCCACUACACAGGUAGAGAGGGACCCUCGGAGGGCGUCUUCUAACUUUGGACCUGAGUCCAGCAUCAGCUCUUCUGGAGCUUCUGCGACUCCCACCAGCUCCAGGGGGAUGUUCCCAUUGCUGCUGCCUCAGUCAGUGAACUACAGGCCUGAACAGAGAAGAGCCACAAUAGACGAGAACCUAGAGAGGUCUGUAGACAUGCAUAUUAGCAGAGCCAGAGAGGAGGUGAGGCUUCUUGGCAAACAGAUGCAUCAGCCCAUAGACCAGGGAGCUCGCUUUACCAGCACUCAAAGGAAUGAGUUCCCCUCCUCAGGCACAGGGAUGACCGCCUACUCAAUGUCCUCAACCUCUUCCUCUCUAGGACAUAGACAGUCGGACUUUGAAAGUGGCCGUAGCUCUUCGGAGUGGCCAUCAAACUACAAAAGGCCCACUGCUGAUGACCCCUCUGAAUUUUAUUCAUCAUCUGCUUCAUCCAAUUAUGCUAGUGGUGGUGAUGGUAGGUUGAAUGUCUUCAGUGAAAGAAAACAUGAUAUGCAGUCCAUUCCAGGGUUAGGUGAUUUUGACUGUCCAGUGCCAGACAAACCUGCUGCGCCCGCAGAGUCAAGUCGACCCAAGUACACCUCUGAAUCAGCUUCGAACAUCCUUCUGCACUUUGGACUUGGAAAAGAAGACUUGGAACAUCUCAUCUCCUUUCCUGAAGACCAGAUCACUCCUGCUAACCUGCCGUUCAUCUUGCGGCAAAUCCGCACGGAGAAGGCAAAAAGAGCUACAGCUGCAGUUCAGUCAAAACCUGAACCCCAACCCACCAGAAGUGUGAGUGGAAUUGAAAGUCACAGUUUGAGUAGUUCUGGAGGGGCAGAGAUGCAUCACAAGGUAAUGUCGUCAGCUUUUCCCCAACCAAGUAAAGUGAUUGACUAUGGGCAUACUGCCAUGUAUACAGUCGGGGCUGAGGAUGAGAUUGGAAGGACCAGUAGCAGCGGAGCUAACAGUGGUGGGAGUGGAAGUGUGUUGCUGAUGGACAAUAACGAUAGUAGCAGACACACUCGGGAAGCACUGCAAAAACAUACAACAGAGGUGAAAAGCAGUGCCUUUGGUUCUUUGCGUGACCUGGCGAGUUCUGUUUCCAGUCUCAGCUCUUUAUACAGUUCAAUACUGAGCUCUGUGGCUCCACCAAGCAAUGAUCAGACCAAAAGAUUGCAGAGCCAACCAAACCAGACUUCCCAAACAAUCCUCAGCUCUUUCUCCCUGCCAAAGAAAGACAAAGACAUCAGAGUUCUCAAGUCUGAAGUCCCCAAACCCGCUCCUUUAAAAGAACCAGAGGCUGAUCGUCAGUCAACAUCAAAAACCCAACUAUCCUCUAUUCCGUUUCUUGUCGGGCAUCCCAGCCAACCUGGCCUUGUGCUCUUUGACAGUAAUAACAGCAAAGGUACUAAGGAUCAGAGUAAAACUCGAGGACAAGGGUCAGCAGUUGCUGAGCAGAUGAAAAAGCAGCAGAAGGCAGUGCAGCAGAUUCAGCAAUCAAAGAUACAGACACAGAAGCAGCCAGUAUCGCAGGCGGGACAAGCUGUGUGGCCUCCAGUUAUUUCUGCUGCAAAAUCUGUUCCACCUGCCUCUCACACCCCAAACAUCACAGAUGCCGUGCAACAACCGGUGUUUAUUCCUGGUGGUCUUCAUCCCAUGGUCAUUCCUCCAGCUCUGUCUCAGCCAUUCAUGAGCCUGAUGAACCGUAUUCCUCCAACGCAGCCACCUUCCAACAGGCAGCAUCUGGCACAGGUGGUAGCCUCCAAGGUUCUGCCAACAGCGGCCAUGAUGCAUGACUAUGCAGCGACCACGCCGAGAAUCUUUCCACAUACCUGUUCUUUGUGUAACAGAGAAUGUACUCAUAUGAAGCAUUGGAUCUCGCACCAGAACAGCAGCCCUCACCUCGAGAAUUGCAAACUCCUCCGCACACGAUACCCGGAGUGGGAUGGUGAGAUAACACACAAGCCCAGUGCUGCAGUUAAAGAUGACCAGAAAGCCAGGCAUGGAAGUCGGUCCCGUUCCCGCUCAGCCAGCCCUCGUUGCCGUCAUGGCUCAAAGGGUAGAAGGGAGAGAAGCAGUAGCCGGUCAUGUUCGCCACACAGCUCCAGAUACACUCGCAGGUCUCGGUCUCGAUCUCGUUCCAAGUGGUAUGACCACCCUACUUCCUCUCGCUAUCGGUCACAUUCAAAGAGCCCUGAGAGGCGAUCAUCACCGAGGAGGAGAGACAGUAGACGAUCACCACCAAGGCGAAGUGAUCACAGAAGAUCCCCACGAAGGAGAAGGAGCGACAAGAGACGAUCCCCAAGACGGAGUGAUGAGAAACGAUCUGCAUCAAGGAGUAGUGAUGAAAGACAAUCUUCAUCAAGUAGAAGUGCUCAGAGACGAUCCUCCCGAAGGAGGAGUAACGAGAGACAAUCGCCAGCAAGGAGCAGUGAUGGGAAGCGAUCGCCAUCAAAGAGUAGUGAUGAGAGACGAUCCCCUCAGCAAAAGAAGUCGAGCAGUGCAGAGAGCCUGGCUAAGAAACUACUGGAAACAUCAGCUGUUCAGUCUCUGUCAGACCAGUCUGACCUGGAGUCUGUGGUUAAAACUCUGGCACCCGCCCUGCUGGCUGAGCUCGCCAAGAUGAAAUCUUCCUCAUCCUCCUCCUCUGCAUCAAAGAAGGAGGUGACUACAAAGCCAUCCAAAGCAAAGUCCAGCCUGCAGAGGAGUGAGGCAAGUUCUUCUACAAAGAAUAAGUCUGGUAAAUCUUCACCUCCAACCAUGGUCAAACUACAAGGGAUUUAUAGUUAUAUCUCUCAUGGUGAUGUGGUCGCUGCUGUGGAGCACUUUGGAAAAACCAAGUCAGUUGUACUGUUUCGGUCUAAACUGGAGGCAAUCGUGUGUUUCGAGAAAGAGGAAGACGCAAAGAAACUGAAGAGUUUAAAGAGCAUUGAAGUGAAAGGAAUGCCAAUCAGUGUGGUCAGAGAACAGGAGACUGUUUCUAAGGAGCAAAAGAAGCCUCCUCAGAAAGAACCUGCCUCAUCCAGUGUCUCCAUACCUCAAACCACUACAACGACAGAGAAUCCUGUGACGACAGUGAAGACACAAACGAAUGCAGCAUCAGCCGCGGAUGCCUCCAAACAAAAUGCCAUUCCCCCUCAGACUGUCGGGGAGAUGUUAGAAAUGCACUUGCAGCAAUCCAAAAUACAGUGCUUAAAGUGGAAAACCUGCUUCUCACCAAAGUUUAUGUCACUUUCGCAGAAGGAGCAUCGUCAGAAGCAGUUGCUCAUAACCAACUUGCCGAGUUAUAACAAUGGUGGCUACACAGAGGAGGACAUCGCCAAACUGCUCAUGCCUUUGGGGUUUCAGUAUACAGAUAGCAACAUCCAUGUUGUUCCUCAGACGCGCAUGGCCUUUGUCUUGAUGCCGAAUGUGGAGGAUGUGCCCUACGUAAUGAAAGCCUUCAGCAGGAACAGCAUGAAUUUUCAAAAGUCAAAACUCCAGUGCCACGCAGUAGCCAGCGGCAUCACAAUGAUACCGCUUGGGUUUUACAAGUCACUGAUGAAGCUGAUGCAUUUUCCUGUGCGUGAUGAUGGAACGAAAAUAGUCUUCAUCAAGAACAUCUCCUGGAGUGAGACCAAGGAGCUCAGAGAAACUUUGACACAAAUCAUUUGUCAGCCUGUCAAGAACUACAUGCCUCUCCUCAACAAGGUAUUCAUAGAAUUUGAGUCAAUUCGUGAUGCUGAUCGGUUUGGAGUCUGGUACAGUCUCCUGAAGGAAGCCCCUGGCCAUGAAGUCCACAGGCUGAAUACACUGAAGGAACUGAAAGACUGUGCAUCACUACAAACUGGCGUUCCGCAGGGCAGCAAUGGACCAUUUUGGGUCACGAUGAAAACUCAACCCUACCUGUUCCCUACUGGGUUUUCUUGGUUCGUCAUCCCAGAUUAUCUGACAGUCAAAGGAGAGGACGACAUUGAGAGGGCCAGUGGUUGCUGCUCCAUGUUCCCCACAAUCAUGUUGACUGGUUUGCCAGGAUUUAACAGCUACAAUCAUAAUGACGUGGCCAAGCUCGUCUGGCGGUAUUUCCCCAAACAGAACCUACGUUCCUUGUUCUACAACGUGGUGGUCUUACCGCUGCAGAGGAGGGCCUUUGUGUUUUUCGCUGAUUGGACAACAUGCUGUGAUUUUGUCCGAGAUCACAUCACAAGUCCAGUUUCUGUCGAAGGCUUCAAGCUCAGUGUUCAUUUUGUCCUGGAACACAUGAAACCCGAAUCCAGUGAGGUGAUGAUGUACCAAACUCUGAUGAAGCUGAGCAAUGCUGGAGCUCAAGAGCCAGAGUCUCUGGAGGAGCGGUUGCUGUGUGUGGAGAUUUCCGAGACAUCUCUGGACGUCAUCAAGAUGGUCAUUGAAGUUGUGGCCUCCAUCGCAACUUUUGUCAGCUUUCUGCCACUUGCCAACAGGAUAUGCAUUGAGAUGGCUGACUCCAGCGGUGUCACUAAAGCGUUGGAGAAGUACAACACUUUCUCUGCAAAAUCUUUUAAAAAAGGCGCAGCUUGGAGCAAAGUUCAACGUUUUGAGACUUUGAAGGGGCUAGAACAACGCCUACAAGAUGCUAGUGAGAUCACAAUAAACCAUGACCCUAUCAGUGUCAAAGCCGAGCCCCCAGCUGUGGAAUGUGAAACCCAGCCUCCUACUUCUGAAAAAUCGGAUAAUGGGUCACAACUUGCUCUACAAACCAGUGGCCCUAAUGGAUCCAUCGUAUCUGAGCCCAUAAUAGCAGGCCCAAGUGCUACCUCAGCAAGUGACGUAGCAAUGAAGGAGGAUGGUGAGAAACCAGUAACUGAGAUCUCCAUGGACUCCACUGUUGGUCCUCAGGCAAAUGAAGAUGUAGAAAAAGUAAAAGUAAAGGUGGAAGAGGAGUCACCAACAACUUCGGUCUCUACUGCUGAUGUGACCCCUACCCAUGCAGUCAGCAGUGGGGACGCAGUCUCAGCUGCUUCCAGUUCUACCCCAUCAGCCACAGCAGUCAUCUCUGAAGGAAACUUUGCACAACUUCCUGAAAAUAAGAUGGAAAUUUUCCAGGUCCAGGACCACAGACUCACCCAGGAGAGCAGGUCCCAGAGUAAGGAGGAGGAGGGCCCCAGCAAAGGCAACAGAAGCCCUAGGACUGCAACAGCUGGAGAGACACCACAAAGAAUGGUUCAGGAUGAUGUUAAAGAUGACAUUGUUUCUUCAGACGCUUGUCCUUUCGCUGAGCAAAAUUUCAACAUGGAUGACUUUGUCACUGUUGAUAAAGUUGGCGAUGACGAGGGAGACACAAGCCCUGAGCCUUAUAGCUCCUCCUCAUCCAAGGAGUCCUCCAGAACGGGAAGAGGGAGUCCAAACUCUGGCUCAUCGACCACUGGCAAACAGAUUUCAACAAGGUCUUCGAAAAACUGUAAGAGCUCAGCUUCCUCUUCAUCCAUUUCAACAAAAGGCUCAAGCUCUUCAAGCCCUGUGCCACCAAUAAAGUCCAAAGACUCAUCUGUGUCCACUAAAUCCCCUACCAAACCCUUGGCCUCUACCAAUGUCAGUACGGCCUCUUCUUCAGUGUCUACUGAAACCUCUUCUUCCCCUCCUCAGAAAAUACAACUAAGCAAGACAAAACCUCCAGCUGAAGCAUCUAAUACUGCAUCUUCCAGUUGUCGUACCCGCUCAUCCUCAGCUGCAUGUGAUACAGAAAAGAUAACAUCAGCAGCAAGUGCCAAGGCAUCAGUUAAGACGCAUCCUGAGCUGCUUGAAGAAAAAGUAAAAGACACAGAGAGCGUAGUAACAAAGCCUGACCACAAAGUGUCAGCAGAGGGCCUUGAUGCAAAAACUGUUGAGUCAGAGACAAAACCAGAAACAUCAUCAGAGAUGCAUCCACCUUUACAGGGACAUGGAGUAGAGUUGAGCCAAGCUCAAAUUCUGGAGAUUGAUUCUAAUGCCAUCACAACGAAAGACCAGCAGAAAAGCAAAGAGGAAGGGAAAGACGAGGAAAAUAACAAACAUACAGAGGUGGAGGAGGACAACGGUGAGAAAUAUCAAAUCCUUGAUUCACUUGAUGAUCAAACAGAUCAACAGAUGGAUGAUGUGGAUCAAGAGGUCAACUCUGAAGCCCAGCCAACUGGACCUGAGGGAGGCCAGACUUUGCACAAGGAAAGCUUUCAGGACUUGGACAGUGUUGACAGUGAAGGCAAAACCGGCUCACAGGAGUCCAGUGAAAUGGAAAUGGAUAGUUCUUUCCAUGUGCUAGAUAGUGUCACCGAAGACCAAGCAUCUACAGGUCAAGAGGAUAGUCAUCUGGUCCAAGAUGAUGGCUCUACAGUAAAACAACUGUCUGAGGUAGAUGUGAUUUCAGCAGGUAACAAAUCUGAUAAAGAUUCAGUUGAUAAAGAUCAAGAUAAUUUCCAAGUGUUAGAUACAGGUAGUAAACAAGCUCCAAGGUACAAGGGGGAUGGAAAGGAAAGAAAUGAAGAGGAGGUCAAAGGCAAAAUGCUUUCAGCAGAGUUCUGCAAAGCCUCCAAAGGUGUGGAAAAUCCUGAUAGCCGAAUCCUAAAUGAAGACCAGCCUCUUCAAGACUCUGACAACAAAGAUACUUUUAUAGACCUUGACAAUGAUGUAACUGAACAAGAAACUUUUGAGGUACUGGAUUCAAUUGAUGGUGAAACCGCAACAGAAGACAACAACCAAAACCUUGAAACUCCCAGUGACCAGACAUCUAAAGAUGACAUGAGGCCCAUGGAGGAAGACGAAGACACAUAUCAGGUUAUUGAUUCUGUUGAAGAUCAGCCAAUGACUAUAGAGACAGAGUCAGAGCCCCCUGCUAAAAAAGAUGAUAGUCUAGAUAGACAAUCAAAGAGAAGCAGCCCCACAACCACAGCAUCGAAAAUUGAAGACAGAGAGAAAUCACCAAAGAAACAGGAAAAGACAGUCAAAAAAUAUGACACACGGACAAGAGUGGACACCUCUGCAUUACUUUCUGAAAAAGACAAAGAGGUCAAUGAGGAGAUGAUGUACCAGAUAGUAGAUUCUGUUGGAGAUGAACCAGUUCAAGAUGCUGCCACCACAGAAAGGUCUGGUAGAAGAAGGAGUGCACGAGGAAAGAAAGAGGAUAAAAUUGUAUUGGUUCUCACAGAAGCGCCUGAAAAACCAGAGGAAGCUACAUACAAGAUUUUAGACUCCGUGGAGGAAGAAACUCUCAGUGAUGAACCCACCGUCACGAGAAGAUCUACCAGAGGAAAAAGGGAAACAACAGCUAAGAAAGAUGCAUUAAAUGAGAAAACAAAAGAGGACACGCCAACAGGAAGGAGGCACACCCCUGCCAGAGAGCGAAACAGGGAAACACCAAAGAAAGAGGAGAAAAUGUCUCCAAAGGAGAGCACACCAUCAAAGAAGAGUGACAGUGUUGUGAGCGAGGUAAGUGAGGAGGAUGUUACCUCUGAAGUAUGUGACCCUGUGGAGGAAGAGAUUGUUAACGAUGAUCGGCCCGCUACAAGAAGAAAAGGGAAAAGGGGAAGACCAAAGAAAGACGUUAAAUCAACAAAAGAAGUCAGCGCAACUUUAAAGAAGGGUGACAGAGACGCAUCUGAUAAAGUGGCUGAUGAAGAAGAGGCGACAUAUCAAAUUCUUGAUUCUGUGGAGGACGAGAGUGUUGACGAUCAGCACCUCACAGAACAGUCAAAAGAGAGAGAUUCUAAAAACGAUGAACAGCAAACAAAGAAAAGUAUCUCCCCUGCAGGAUCACCCAAAAAUGAGGACGAGGAGGAAGAGCCUGUGUAUGAGAUCAUAGAUUCCCUUGAAGACGAUCAAGUUCAAGAAGAGCUGACUGCGACAGAGGACAAGACAAAAGAUGAAACUCCUACAAAAGCAGAGGCAUCAACUCUAAAAGAAGAAAGAACAACUUGUGGUACCACAGGGGUGGAAGCAUCUCAAAAAGUAGUCGUCAAGGAGGAGACUCUUUAUCAUGUAGUUGAUGAUGCAGAGAAAGCAAAUGAUGGUCGAUCUGCUGCAGAAGGGCCUGCAACAGAAAAUAGGCAAAGAACACACAAUACAGAAAUUAAGAAAGAGAGCAAAUCAGCAGCUAAAUCCCAGAGUGACACUGCCAUACUUGAAGGGGUGAUGAAGCAAAAAUCAUCCAAGAAAGAUGACACAGCAAGCACUCUGGUGAACCUGGAGGAAGUGGGCAAGGAGGAGGAGGAUAACCUUGACACGGCUGAGGAGGAACAACCGAGGAAGCGUCAGGCCACCGCAAAAGAGAAGCAGUUCUCCAAAGAGCAGGAACCGAGCAGGACCAAGGACAGGGAGAGAGAGAAGAGGGAGAGAAGGGGUCGAAGCAGCAGCAGAGGAGGAGGAGGCGGGAGAGUGACAAGGAGGGCAAAGGAGAGGGAAAAAAAUGAGACGGCGGAGGUAGACACAGAGGACCUGGUGACUCUGGAUGAGGUGGGAGCAGAUGAGGUUGGAGAGGAAAGAGUAUCUGAGAACAGAGAGUGGGAUGGGGAGAUCACAGAGGGAGAGCUGCAGGCACUCGUCACUUUGGAUGAGUUCACAGAAGAAGAGGAGGAUGGGAAGGCCGAGGAAACCAAGCUGGAUGUCCGUCCACCCAGCCAGGACGACGAAUCAGUGGAUUUACUAAACCCAGAGACUAUGGUGACUUUAGAUGAAGCUGGCGAUGAUGAUGAAGAGAAGGCGGAUGAAGAGCAAACUGAGAAAAUCUCAACAUCUGCCAAACGCAAACCUGAUGAUCACACAGUUUUAGAGGAAAGUAUGAACUUUGUGACAGUAGAUGAGGUGGGAGAGGUGGAAGAAGAGGAGGAAAAGGAAGUGUUAAAAACUAGGACACGAGGACGAGCCAAGAAGAGAACCAGACAGACCCCUGUGAGAAAAUCUACCAGAGGGAAAACAGUGGCUGCAAAAGACGAGAGAGAAGAAAAUGAACCAGCUGGCACUGAUGUACUGCCUCCCACUUCACUCGAUGGCUCCUUGUCACUGGACAAAGAUCCAUCUACGUUGUCAAGUGACAGCCAGCCUAAGAUCCAGAAGAUGGAGGUGAAGGAGGCAUCAGCGAGCCCAGCAGACAUCACUGAACACCCUGAAAACCAGACCCUGGAGGGAUGUGUGGAGGAAGGAGAGAAGAAGGAAAAGUGGAGCAGGGCAGACACUAAAGGUACAGAGCGCUGAAAGAAUGAUGUCCAAGGCCAUUUCCAUACUAACAGAAAAAUGUCAUUUCUCAGUGUAAGUGUACCAUCUAUAAAGUCCGUCUUUGAACUGGAACUAGUGAAUUAUUGGCAUUUUUGCCAAAUAACUUCGAGAUAUCAACCAAAAUAAAACAUUACAAAGUAGUAUUAAAAAGGGUCUCAAGUGAAACGAUAUCUACAUUCAGUCCUUUUGGCACGGGGGGUCUGAACCUGGACCAAUAUCGACAUUCCGCCGGAUCAGCAUAUUUUCUGAUUCUCGCCGGUGUCCCUCGUGUGGAACUCACAUUCUUGCAGCAGCAGCUACAACCCAUAUAGUCUGUGAUGUGGUGAUGUGUAUAUGAAGGUGUUUGCAUUUCAGCGUGAGGAGAUACCACCGAAACAUCCCAAAGUAUGACUAUAGAGUCCACCAGGAAUGAGUCCUAAAACCUGGAAAUGAGUUAGCAUUUUACCCCUCCUGGUUCCCUCGUCUCAAAGUCAGUGGUUUUUUGGUUAGAUACCUGAAAUGCGGUCGGCGGUUAACACAAGCUUAAGACUUUAACGUGGUGUUCUACGACAUAAAAUACAUUUGUAGAUACUAGUGUUGCACAGUAUACCGGUACUAAAAUAGUACCGCGGUACUAGAGUAUUCCAAACAGUACUAUACUGCAUUUGGAAAAUACCGGUACUUUGAAAUUGAUUCAAUUCAUUAAUUUAGUUAAUUUAUUUUACUCAUUUAUGCACACAAACGCCCUUCUUGUUCCUAUUGGAGCACAGAUUGCGCAAGUGGUGUGUAUGACAACACCUGUAUCAACAUUCGCAGCUGGCGCACGUGAAAAAAGACAAGAGAAAGUCUGCCUCGCAAUGGGAGACAACACGAGACAACACAAACUUGGUGGAACAUUUGAGUUACCAAACUGUGACGUCCGUACCGAGGUACUUACCG